AUGAUGUCGAAAAGGGAAGAGAUGGAAUGGGCUCGGGCUCGAUUCACUGAAUGUUUGCUCGAUGAUGGCCCUCAUCUCCUUCGAGAAGGUGACCCUCGCGUGGAACAGGUACGCCGUGUGGCGGAAAGGUUGUUUACAGUAAUCGAGGAUGGUGUGUUUGACGCGGAUCAUGUCGUGUCAAGUCCUGGCUGGCCCCCAAGAAGUGAAGAGCCCCAGUUGGCACAGCUGCAAACUCCAGGUGGUCCCUGGUCGACUGGGCGACGAGUACAUGUAACUCCAGCUUCAUUUGGCAAGAUGCAGGCACAACUGUUGUAUCCUCCUAGCGCAACCGCCGAGAGUACGUUCAUGCCCUUCCGACCCGAGACCUCAAACCCCACGAAAGUUAUCGAUGAUCAAUCUUGGAAACUCUAUGUGGUAGACCUACCCAAGAUUAAUGCGUUUGCCCUUCCAACUCGAGAGAUUUUCGUGUACACCGGUCUGGUCGAUCUUUUGGAAGAUGAUACCCUACUAUCGGGUGUAUUGUCCCAUGAGAUUGCACACGUAACACAGAGGCAUGCGGUCGAGAAUGCGGGAUUCCUCAAUAUCGCAGCUAUCUUCUUUGAUACUCUCAGGGGCAUCUCCUUUGCGCUAACUGUAUCUUUUCCGUUCUUAACCGAUGGCAUCGGAACGAUUUUGAAUCUAAUGAACAAUUAUGUUGCUGAUCGGGCAUAUUCUCGCAAACUUGAGUCUGAGGCAGAUGCAGUAGGACUGGAGUUCAUGGCAAGGGCUGGAUAUGAUCCACGUUAUGCACUGGACCUUUGGGAAGUCAUGGCGGCUGUCGAAGAAGAUGCAGCCGCGGCUGGACAAGCAGUCUCGGUCUCGGAUACUUUCCCGUUUUUGCGUACACAUCCUUCAUCUUUGCAGCGACGCAAGGAUUUAGAAAAGCUGAUGCCCAAAGCAAUGGAGUUAUUUGCCCAGUCAUCGUUAAGGUCGCGACCGAAGGAAACCCAAGUUGAAACUCGAAAAGACGAACAAAGAGAUGAAUUAUCAAUGAUGUCUAAAGAACAUGAGAGCGAGACUGCUACUGCAUGA